AUGAAGUUUUCUGUUACUUUUUGCGCAGGAAGCCUGUUCGUGGCAGGCAUAGCCACCACGGAGCCUUGGAAUCCAAAAUAUGUUGUCGCCAAAACAUCUAAAUGGGCUAUUCGUGGUGUUGAAGUUAGUCAUGGUGUACAUGGCUUCCUCGGUAUUCCCUACGCUCAACCCCCAAUUGGAAAUCUCAGAUUCCUGCCGCCUCAGCCACUUGAUAUGGCAACCACUCAAGACAAGAGCAGCGGCCUGAUUGAGGCAACCAAGUUUGGCCCAGUGUGCUACCAGUUCAUGUACAAUUCGGUGGCGGGAAACCAAUCUAAGCCAGCAACAACGGAAUCUGAGGACUGUUUGAACUUGAACGUAUUUGUCCCGGCGCACCAAGGCCGCCAUAACAUUAAACUCCCAGUUUUUGUGUGGUCAUAUGGCGGCGGUUUUGCUGAAGGCGGAAACAGCGUUCCAAUUUAUAACCCUGGCGAUUUCGUCGCACGAAGCAAAGACAUUAUAGUUGUUACCUGGAACUAUCGUCUAAGUGUGUUUGGCUUUCCAAAUUCACCCGCUCUCAAAGAACAGAAUCUCGGCAUCAGGGAUCAGCGUCGGGCCCUAGAAUGGAUUCGAGAUAAUAUUGCAGCUUUUGGCGGAGACCCCAGGAGAAUUGUGCUUGGGGGGCAGUCUGCUGGAGCAGAUACGGCGCAUGCAAUGAUAUAUUCCCAUCCUCGUGAUCCUAUUAUGGCAGGUUUGUUGCUGCAAAGCGGUACCAUUCAGGUUGCCAAUGCAGGGAGCCAGCAAGUAGACGCAGAAUUUGUUCGCAUUGCCAAAACCGUGGGGUGCGCGAAUGAUGACCGGCAUCAAGAGCUAAAAUGCAUGCAAGAUGCAGAUGCGAUAGCUCUGAAGCAUGCUAUUUCGAAUAUAACGCUCAACAGAUUUGGUUCUCCUACAGGAGGAGCUCCCAUGGUGGACAAUAUCACCAUCUUUACACUGAACGAGUACGCCAAACGAGGUCAAUCGGGUGAUUUUGCUCGUAUUCCAAUGCUGUUAGGCUCGACUAGUGACGAAGGUCAAGGUGUUAUCAAUUGGCAACCUGAAAAAGGAAUCAACCAGACUUUUGCUAGAAUCAUUACUGAAACAAUAUUUACCUGUAGCAUGCUGCUCAAUGGAGGAUUUCAUGCCACGCACAAUAUUCCCGUGUGGCGGUAUUGGUUUCGAGGUGUCUUCCCUGAAGUCACCACGUACCCAUGGCUUGGGGCUUAUCAUGGGGCCGAUGUACCCCUGCUGAUGGGAACUUAUAAGCAAAUGGCGGAUGGCAGGCGCGGAAGUACGACCAUACAAGCCUCUCAUCUCCUUCAGCGAAUCUUUGCCUCGUUCAUUCGAAACCCUCGUCAUGGUCUGCUGUCUGAUUUCGGACUGCCCACGUUUCGCCCCAAUACCUCGAGUUUGAUUGGGUUAUUCCAAGAUAAUACUCCGACUUACAAGAUCAUGACGCCAACGGUGGAUGGUGUGUGCAAGAAUCCCACUCCAGUGCCCUACGAGGAGUGGGACAGAUUGUAA